AUGCCCAUCAUCAGCAAUACAAACCAUGACUUCAGCACAUACUCUAUCAGCAGCGAUGACAGUAGUCUUGACCGCUUCUUCACUGAGAUCCCUGAGACUGAGACCAUAAAGGGGGUCUACUUCCAGCGUGCCCAGCUGCUGCGUGACCCCAAGGCUUCUUAUGUGGUUGACCACACCUUGCAGGUCCUCAUCAAUGUAGGGGGAAACCGCUAUACCUUCCCUUGGAGCACGCUGGAGCAGUUUCCCCAAAGUCGACUGGGUCGUCUUCGAUCCUGCACCACCCCGGAGGAGAUUGCCCGACUUUGUGACGACUACGAUGAAACCUGCAGGGAGUACUUCUUUGACAGGAACCCCACAGCCUUCAGGAUCAUCCUGAACUUCCUUGCCGCGGGAAAACUUCGUCUUCUACGGGAGCUGUGUGCUGUUUCUCUGCAUGAUGAGCUUGACUACUGGGGCGUGGACCCGGGCCACAUGGAACGCUGCUGCCGGCGGCGGAUGAUCACCCGUGUGGAUGAGGUGGUGGAGCGCCGGCGGAAAGAGAAAGAGUGGAGGCAGAAAAGAAUAAAGCUGAAGCAAAGACCCCCACAGACGGAAAAAGGAUACCGCAGACUGGUGCUGAUGCUGCGGGAAGUGAUGGAAAACCCUCACUCAGGUAUAGCCGGGAAAAUGUUUGCGUGUCUCUCGAUCAUCAUGGUUCUGGUCACUGUCAUCAGCCUCUGCAUCAGCACCAUGCCGGACCUCAGAGAUGAGGAGAACAGGGGCGAAUGCUCCCAGAAGUGUCGCAACAUGUUUGUUGUAGAGUCGGUCUGUGUGGCCUGGUUCACCCUGGAGUUCCUGCUACGGUUUUUCAAUGCUCCCAGCAAGCUGAGCUUCGCCCGCGGCCCGCUCAACAUAAUCGACGCCAUCGCCAUCCUGCCGUACUAUGUGUCGCUGGUGUUUGACGUUGGAGAGGAGGUGCAGGAUGAUGCGGUGAUGGGGGUUGGUAGAGGCUACCUCGACAAGCUGAGUCUGAUCUUGCGGCUGCUGCGGGCCUUGCGGAUCCUCUACGUCAUGCGGCUGGCGCGCCACUCUCUGGGCCUACAGACAUUGGGUGUGACCAUGCAGCGCAGCAUGAGGGAGUUCGGCCUGCUUCUACUCUUUGUCUGCGUGGCGGUCACCCUCUUCUCUCCUUUGGUCCACCUAGCUGAGAGCGAACUGGCUCCGUUUGCUGCUGCGCACCCCCACCACAGCUUUAGCAGCAUCCCAGCCUCCUAUUGGUGGGCCAUUAUCUCCAUGACCACGGUUGGCUACGGCGACAUGGUUCCACGCAGCCUCCCCGGUCAGAUAGUGGCGCUUAUCAGCAUCCUGAGCGGCAUCCUCAUCAUGGCAUUCCCAGCCACCUCCAUCUUCCACACCUUCUCCCGUUCAUACCAGGAGCUGAAGCAGGAGUAUGAGCGGGUGUGGAAGCAGGAGCAACACGACGAGGUCAGCGAUCUCUCACAGGAAGAGUUCUUGUCUCCAAAAGGAAAGUGAUGGAGUGAUGUCCAGAAAGAAGCAUCGAUUCACACUUCAUCCCAGUGCUUUCUGAUGCUGCCCGGACAUUGGCCAUGUUAAAACGGACAUUUUCAUUGAAGACUCUCCAUCCCUUUAAACUCUAAACCCUUCUAGAUGCUGUUCUUUAGGUCCAACUCGUCCCGAAGGGUCAGUGUCCUAUAGGUCAAUAUGUUCCUUAGCCUGAUUACCUGAUAACCUGAUACCUAAUUUAGAUGGAUAAGGUGCCUCCUUUAGUCAUAGAGUUCUGAAAAGUCUUUGUAAUGAAUCAUCUUUUAGUCAAUUAAAGCAGGGAAGCAUCUAAAACAAGCCGGACUCAGUUCUUGAGAACCGAUUUUUUGACAACUGUGAUGUGAAUUUCCCAGUUUGGAGUCUUCCUUUUGGUCAGUCUUGUUCAGUUCUGAAGCUCUAACCCUUUAAUAAGUGAAGAUCCAGUUCUCUAUAUUCAGAUUAAGG